GCUGUGCAAGACCGAGACGACUCUGACAAUAGUCCUUUGCCAGGCUAGACUGCUGCAGAAGUUCCUUCAACCAUGCUACUCCGUCGAAGCUUCCAUGUCUCUAGCUUCACUAGAGAAAAGCUCUCCAAUAUCAAGCUCAUCAAGCUGCUACGUGAAGAAAUACAAGCUCCUCUCAACAUUGUCAAAACAGCCGUUGCAGAAGCUCAACCUGCAGGCGACUACGAUGCUGCCUUGCAGCUCUUGAAGCAAGCCAUGACGCGUCGUGGUGAGAAAUUGGUUGCAAAGUCGGUAGGUCGACAGGCAACAGAGGGGUGGGUUAUUGCUGCUCGCUCACAGUGUGGUAAGGCUGCUUCAUUGAGCAUCCUCAACUGCGAGACAGACUUCGUUGCCAAGUCGGAUGGUGUGGUGGCACUGGCGCAGUCUGUUGGACGGGCACUUGCAGACAAGGCUGCUCAAGGUGAGACGAGUGGCGAUGAUCUUGCUCCGGUCGAGCAAAGUACUAUCGACGGAUUGACUGUGGAUGGGCAGCCGUUAUCUCAGAAGCUGACAGAGAGCAUUUCAGUCUUUGGCGAGUCCAUCAGAAUCAAUCGAGCAAUGACUGCACUACUAGGUGCACGGAAGGGACAAGUCCUUGGCAUACAUUGUCAUGGUGCACCUGCUACAAACAAUCCUACAAAGGACGUCUAUCUUGGCCGCAUGGGCGCUCUCGUCCGCCUGACUCAAUCAGCUGGCAUGGAUGCUGCAGUAUCACAACUGCAGGCCGAUGAAAUCGCUCGCGAGAUUGUUGCUCAGAAUCCCGAUGGUCUUGAGGAGUUUUGGUCACUCGACAAGGUUGGGGAUAAAGAGGCGCGAACGGUCCGGCAAUGGGCUGGCGACGAUGUCACGAUUGAGGCAUGGGCACGAUGGGAGCGUGAUCAAUCAUGAAACAAAAUUUGAGUCUCUGGCAUCAGCAUAUUUGAUAGACAACCCGUACAUCUCCCCAUUCCUAGUUGAGCAACUUGGUCACUUUGCCGAUAGCAAUAGUAACACCAGAAUCACGUA